UCAGGUUCGGAAUCGCAGAUAGAGUGCACCCCCGAAGUGAUGAAAGUGUCCGUGCCCAUGGAUGGUGACAGGAAGAUGUCAUAUCUAGAUCAGCUCAAAGACUACAAACCCUGCAAGCCGUACAUGGAAGACAACAAAGCGAUGUUCAUGCUAGAUCUGCAAGAUCCUCACAAAUGUGGAGUUACCAGAGUGCUGAAUAAGAUUACGGGUAAACGCACAUUCUACCAUAAAAUCGUGAUCGAGGACGAAGCGGGAGGGCGCGAGACGGUCACAGUGCGAUGUGUGGUGACCGGUAAACAUCUGGUGAAUAGACGCGCAGUAGAUUCCUUUCCUCUGGAUUUCAAUGAGCCCGAUGUACUGAACAUCACGAGAUACGAGGAAGGUCACGCUCCGGAGCCAGUCCUUGGUGCUGUCGUCAAACAGAACGGAAAGAAGGUAUCAGGAGAGAUCUCCGUAAGUCCAGGAACCCCUCUUUCGAUGGAAAUCUUCUUGGACAAUACGUCAGCUCCUGUGUACGGGCUGUUAGUUAGCUAUAUGCACGUCACUGAUACUGGGAAGCAGCAGGAGACUAUUAUUUUUAACGGCUGUUCCGUGGACCCGUACCUGUUCGACAACUUCGUUACGACAGACGGCGACAUUCUCUCAGCCAAGUUUCGAGCUUUCAAGUUCCCUGAUACGACCUACGUGCAGUUCAAAGGGACUGUUAAUGUGUGCCUUAACAAGUGCCAAGGGGUGGAAUGCAGCAACGGAGUGACAGGCUACGGCCGCAAACGACGAUCAAUAGGUUCAACAGACUCCAAUAAGGUGUACGAGGUGUCACUGACCACUUUUAUUAAAGUGGAUUGGACCGAUGGAAAUAAGGAAGCUGAAGACGUUCUGGCCCUCCUAAAGAACCUUAAAGUGGCAAAUCAACGACUAGGAGAUAUGGACGGCACCCCCGCCACAGUGGCUGAGAAAACCCAAGAUAACAAACUAGUAUUACACAACCAGAAUACCAAUAAUACUAAUAGUGCUAGCAAUAAUUACAAUACUUAUGUUGUAUUGUUCGCAAUAAUCAUG